GUUUCCUGCUCCUUGCUUCAUCAGCCUAAUCGUCCAGCAGCUACGAUCAUCGCUUUCUGCAAUCAAAGGACCACGCGCCGCGGUGUAGCGGACACCGUGUCGGAACGCUCCGCGAUCCGACAACCCGAUACUACUAGCUACGCACACAGUAAGGCCUCGGACCCUAGUCAAGUCCGCGAUGGCGUCGGGCGGCGCGCUGGCGGCGCGGGUGCUGCUGCUGGUGGGGUCGGAGACGGGCAACGCGCAGGACGCGGGGGAGCAGGUAGCGCGCGAGGCGGCGAGGCGCGGAUACGGCGCGCGGGUGAUGUCCAUGGGGGACUACCGCGCGGAGGAGCUGCCUGGGGAGGCGGUGGUGGUGCUGGUGGUGGCCACCACGGGGCAGGGCGAGGUGCCCGGCAGCAUGAAGCGGUUCUGGCGCUAUCUGCUGCGGCGCUCGCUGCCGCGUGACUGGCUGCGCGGCACUUGCUACGCCGUGUUUGGCCUUGGGGACUCUGCGUACCAGCUGUUCAAUGCAGCAGCCAAGAAGUUGGAUCGGCGCAUGAUGGACCUGGGCGCGGUGCCUCUGCUGCCCAGAGGGCUGGGGGACGACCAGCACCCGUGCGGCUAUGCAGCAGCGCUUGACGUGUGGCUGUCAUCGCUGUGGGCCGUGCUGCCUCCACCACCGCCCUCAGCAUCGUCCGCCUUGUCUGCCGUGGACCAGCCGCGCCUGCACGUGCAAGUGCUGUCCGAUGGUCUAGCGCAUGCAGCGUCGUCUCCAGAUGCUUACACUGCUGCGCCACCCGUUGCUCCGCCUGCACCUGAUGCACCCAUAGCAGCAGGCGACUGGGUGCCAUGGUCGAAGGAGAUGGCAGAAGCAGUGGGCAUGAUGGACGUUGCCCUCUCUGCCCCGUGGACCCCACACACCUCCGCCAACGCUCAACCCCAUUCCCCGGACGCUCCUGUUUCUGCUCCCACUGGUUUUACCCCGGACAAACCGGCGUUACUUGAGGCAACCGGUGCUGCAUCUCCUGCGACUGCAGCAGCAAGUGGCGAUGAUGGUGCGGCGGAGAAAAGGCGUGCAUUCCACCGCCACCAUCCCUUCCUCGCCACGCUGGAGGUGAAUCGGCGCCUGACAGCUGAGGGCCAUUGGCAGGACGUGCGGCACAUUGAGCUCAACACUCACGGGGGCCCCGAGUACUCUCCUGGGGACGUGCUGCAUGUGUUUCCCUCGCAGCCUCGCUCCGCGGUGCUGGCUCUGCUGCACCGCUGCAACCUGCACCCGCAUAUGCAAGUCGUGGUGCGAGCAGCAGGCCUAACUCCUUCCUCCCCUGCACCUGCCCGCUCCAUGUCUCUCCUCUCGCUCAUAGCCGCCACUCUCGACAUCAACUCUGCGUCGCCGCGCGCCUACUUCUUCGAGGUGCUGGGUCGCUUUGCCUCAGACGAGCGCGAGCAGGAGAAGCUGGCGUGGCUGGCAUCGCCGGAGGGGCGGGAGGAGCUGCAUGAGUACAACCAAAGAGAGAGGCGCACCGUGCUGGAGGUGCUCCAAGAGUUCCCGUCUGUCGCCCUCCCGCUCCCCUGGCUGCUGCAGCUGUGCCCGCGCCUGCAGCCGCGCUCCUUCUCCAUCUCCUCCUCCCCUCUCGCCCACCCCGCCCGCUGCCACCUCACAGCCGCCCUCGUGAGCGUCACCACCCCGCUCAAGCGCACCCGCCUCGGCCUCUGCUCAAGAUGGCUCGCCUCCUUGCUCCCAGGCCAAGCGUCGCCUCUGCCCAUCUGGGUGACCCCCGGCACGCUGUCUCUGCCUCCCCCCUCCGUGCCCCUCAUUCUUGUUGGGCCUGGCACCGGCUGUGCUCCCUUCCGCUCCUUCAUCCACCAACGAGCAUGCCUUCCUGCUGCUGGUGGUGCUGCCACUGCUGCUGCUGGAGAUGGUUUUGCUGGUGUAGCUGGCGACCUGCCUGCCCCAAUUCUUUUCUUCUUUGGGUGCCGGUCGCAGUAUGCUGAUAACUUGUACCAGGCGGAGUGGGAGCAACUGGCGGGGAAGCAACAACAUGCGGGGCUGGAGGGGAGUGCUGGGAGGGAGGAGGGGACGGCAGGGAGUGCGAGGGGAGAGGUGAAUGGCAGUGCAUCAGACAUGGGGGAAGCGGAUGGAUGGAAUGGGGUUCAUGGGGCUGAAGGCGUGAAGGAAUCGAGAGUGCAGGCUGGAAUGCCACAAGAAGAAGCAACUGGGGGCGUCAGGAGCAUCGAUGUGGGGCGCCAGGAGGAGGGGCAUACUGACACGCCUUUGUCGCAAGACAGGGGAGGUGGCCUCUUUGUGGCCUUCUCCCGUGACCAGCCGUCCAAGGUGUACGUGCAGCACUUGAUUCGAGCCAACUCUCGCCAGGUAUGGCAGUUCCUGCAGCAGGGUGCAGCGGUGUUCAUUGCUGGCUCGGCCAAUAAGAUGCCGGCAGAUGUCACACGUGCGUUGGAGGACGUGGUGAGGAGGGAGGGUGGGGUGGAGGAGGAGCAGGCGCGGGUGUGGGUGAAGGCACUGCAGCGAGCUGGGCGACUCAUGGUGGAGGCGUGGUCGUGAGGCGUGGAACAAAGGCCAGCUGAAGAAAGCUGAUGGUGCUCCUUAUGCAGGCUUGUGUACGGUAGUCUGUGUUACUUCACAUUGUCACGUAAUUUUUUCUUGGAACCCGAGUACCACAUGUUAGGUUAUCGAGAAUGUGUGCUAAGGGGAAAUUGUAGAGGGAUACAAAACUAGGGCUGUAGGCAGGGCUGAUUUUAUCAGACUAUUUUAGUCUGAUUGUCUGAAAUUUCAGACCAAUUUUUUUGCCAAUCCUGAU